AUGGAGGCGAAGGCUCCUCGACCAAGGGGCAGACCGAGAAAACGGCAGAGACCAGAGGAUGAUAAUCGAACAACAACGCCGCGUAGUAAUGGGAAUCGAGGGAAGAAGCAGGCUUUAGAAGUGGAGGCAGCGGUGGCGAUAUCUCUUCUGGGUCGUUAUGUGCUGAAAGAUUUCGGUAACGAUGGAACGUUUCUAGGGAAGAUAGUGUCUUACGAGACUGGCUUAUACAGAGUGGAAUACGAAGAUGGUGAUUUUGAGGAUAUGGAAACUUCUGAUCUUCGUCCUUUCCUUAUUGAGGAUGAUACUGAUGAGAAGCUCUGCAUUAGAAGGAGUAAGCUAGACAAACUCAUAGUAAAGAAGGAGGAGAAAAAGAAAAAAAAUCACAAAGGGGUUGUUGAGCUACAAAGUCAUGUCAAGGCAACUUCCGAGGCAGAUGCUGAUUCAGAUUCCUCUGAUUCUGAAGAUGAGAGAGGUUGUUUUGAGAAUGAGGGUCCCGUUGUUCUGCCUCUCGAUUUACCUCCUUCCUCACAAACAAUUGCUAUCCCGGAGGAAGCUGUUGUGCAUCUCUUGUCUGUUUACGGCUUCUUAAGGUCCUUCAGUUUUCAGCUGUAUAUCUGCCUGUUUGAACUGGAUGAUUUUGUGGGAGCGUUGAAAUUCUCAGGACCAAAUUCGUUGUUGGAUUCUGUUCAUGUGGCCUUGCUGCGGGCAUUGAAAGCUCAUCUUGAGAGGCUCUCCGCAGACGACUCUGACCUUGCUUCAAAAUGCUUGAAGUGCAUUGAUUGGGGCUUGCUCGAUGUGCUAACUUGGCCUGUUUAUUUGGUUCACUACUUAACUGCAAUGGGACAUGCAAGUGGGCCUCAGUGGAAUUGGUUUUACAAAUUUGUCCUGGAAAUGGAGUAUUAUUCUUUACCCGUUGGGGUGAAAUUGAAGAUCCUACAAAUUCUUUGUGAUGAUAUCUUCGAUGUAAUAGAUCUAAGAAGCGAAAUAGAUGCCCGUGAAGAAUCUGAAAUUGGAUUUGAUCCUGAUAAAAUUGCCACCAAUCUUCCUGAAAACAUACCUAGACGGGUCCAACCUAGAUUCUAUAAAGCCUCAGCUUGCAUGGAGAAAGGGGCUAUUGAUAUGGUCCCAGUAAAGCAUGGGAUAAGCUCAGCAAACGUGUCUAAAAAUUUAGGUUCAAAUGAAGUUAACUCAGAUAUGGAUGAAAACAGCGAUGAAUGUAGGAUUUGUGGAAUGGAUGGGACGUUGCUUUGUUGUGAUGGAUGUCCUUUAGCAUAUCACUCAAGAUGCAUUGGUGUGGUGAAAAUGUAUAUACCAGACGGGCCAUGGUUUUGUCCAGAGUGCUCUAUCAACAAAAAGGGGCCGAAGAUUGCUCAUGGAACCUCACUUAGAGGAGCUGUACAGUUUGGAAUGGAUCCUCAUGGGCGGUUCUUCUUGGGUACUUGCAAUCACUUGCUGGUGCUUAACGUAUCUGUCAAUGGAGAUACAACUGUAAAGUACUACAACGUCAAUGACUUAUCAAAAGUUGUACGAGUGCUUUUAUCAGCAUCAAGCCAUGCGCUAGAAUAUCUGGAUAUCUGCAAAGCGAUCGCCCAAUACUGGGAACUUCCGGAAGGUAUUAUUAUCUCUUUGAGGGAAAGAUAUAUUGGUUUAAAGGAUAAAGUGGAUGCCAAGGUUUCGGAGAUCAAGUCCGAUAGUGCAAAUAUUUCCAGUAGGAAUGACAUCCAAACUGUCUAUGACCUCCCGGAAUCGGCUUUGAGUAAUACUCGCAAUGAAAUUAUAGGAGGUUCAAGUGGAAUGCAUGAGAAGAAAUUGGCUGCUGGUGUUACAUGCUCCGGCUUGUUAUUUAAACCCCAAGCAUACAAUAAUCAUUACACAAACGGGGCGUUGGCUGUAUCGGCUGCUGCCACUUUGGCUGAUCUAACAUCAGAGAAAGCCCAUGAACCUGAUCUUCGCAAGUACAGUUCUGCCAAGAAAGCUGCAUCAAAUAACAUCUUAGUGCAGAUGAAAGCAUUUUCAUUAGUAGCUGCUUCACGUUUCUUCUGGCCAAGUCCUGAUAAAAAGGAAAUUACCAGAGAGAGGUGUGGUUGGUGUCAUUCUUGCAAACUCACAUCUGCAAGCAAGAGAGGAUGCAUGUUAAAUGCAGCUGUAUCGGGUGCCACCAAGGGUGCUAUGAAGAUCUUCAGUGGACUUUUUCCUCUAAGGAAUGGGGAUGGAAUGCUUUCAAGUAUUGCAGCAUAUGCUCAAUAUCUAGAGGAAAGCUUGCGUGGUCUGACUGCUGGACCAUUUCUCAGUGAAAUUCUCAGAAAACAGUGGCGUAAGCAGGUAGAGGAAGCCUCAACAUGCAAAGCCCUAAAAGCACUCCUACUUGAACUUGAAGUAAAUAUUUGCAGUAUUGCUCUGUCAACCGAUUGGUUUAAACUGAUGGACGAUUGGUUGAUCGAACUCUCUAUGUUCCCAAGUGCUCCACUUACUGUUGUGGUUGCACAGAAACGUGGACCUGGUAGGAGGAGGCAAAGGAACCAGGCUGAAGUUACAGCUGAAGGUUCUGAAGAUGAUAGCUUUACUUGGUGGAGAGGAGGGAAGUUAUCAAAAGUUAUACUUUCGAAAGCAGUUUUGUCACAGCCAGCGAUAAGGAAAGCAGCUUGUCAAGGCGGUUCUAAAAAGAUAUCUGUAUUUAGUUAUGGUGAUGCUUCUUACAUCCCUAAGAGAAGCAGGCGGUCUAUUUGGAAAGCUGCAGUUGAAAGUAGUAAGAACAUAUCUCAGCUUGCUCUUCAGGUAAGGUAUCUGGAUAUGAGUAUAAGGUGGAGUGAACUCGUACGGCCAGAGCAAAAUCUCCAGGAUGUCAAAGGGCUAGAGACAGAUGCCACCGUUUUUAGAAAUGCUCGAAUAUGUGACAAAAAGACUAGUGAUACCAAGGUUAGCUACGGAGUUUUCUUUGGAAAUCAAAAGCAUCUGCCAUCACGAGUCAUGAAGAAUAUAAUCGAGGUUGAGAAAACCCAAGAUGGAAAUGAAAAGUAUUGGUUUCAGGAAGCACGUGUUCCAUCAAACAAAUUAUCGAAGCUGCAGAAAAAGCAGCUGAAAGCUUCCCGCACUGACUUAUUUUCAUAUAUAGCCUCAAGGAGGGACAACAUGGAGAAAUGUUCCUGUGCGUCAUGUCAUCAUGAUGUUCUGUUGCGGGAUACAACAACAUGGAGUUCGUGCCAAGGAUUUUGUCACAAUGAGUGCACUUGGAAAUCACAACAAACAAAUGGGAAAGUUGAAGUUCUGGUCACCUGCAAAAAAUGCUACCUUGCAAAAACUCGUAGUCCAACUAAUAUCGAUCACAGACAACCGACAACACCCCAGCUCACGAUCACCGGACGACAUCAAAAUAUAGUCACUCCAGUCAUUAAGAUUAAGCCUCCUAGUCAACAGUUACCAUCCCAGAAAAUACAGGAGAACCCUUCUGGAGUCAAACAAAUUGCUCCUGCUUCCGCUGUUGCGUCCAAUAGUCAACCGAAGACAUUGUCUUGUGGAAUCAUGUGGAGGAAAAAGAACUUGGAGGACACAGGUGUUGAUUUCAGGAAACAAAACAUUCUCUUGGCUGGAAGAUCAGAUAAACCCAGUCUGGAACCAGUUUGUGGGCUCUGCCAUCAGUCGUAAAUUCAUGGGUUGACGUAUAUUCACUGUAAAAAAUGCGAAAAGUGGUUCCACACUGAAGCUGUUAAGCUGGAGGAGUCACAAAUUCCUGAAGUGGUUGGGUUCAAGUGUUGCAAAUGUCAUCGUAUACGACAACCUGAAUGCCCUUACAUGGAUCCAAAACUCAGAGAACAGAAGGAGAUCAAAAGAUUAGUCUUAAAGAGCCAGAAACAAAGGCAAGGAAACUCCGGGUUGGAUUCUGAUUCGGAAAGAAUGUCAGAACAACACGACUCGAAACCUUCUACUCCUAUGUUUCCAUCCAUGGACGCAUUUUUCCAUGAGGAUGAUCCGCUCCUGGUAUCAGUUUCCAAAGUUGAACAAAUCACACCAACUAAUUUCGAUCUUGAAUGGAACACGGGCGCUUCUGCACCUGGACCUCAGAAGCUACCAGUGAGAAGACAAGCGAAACGAGAAGACUUUAAUCCCGAGCCUCAGCCUAUGGUGAAACCCGAAGAAGCCGAGCAAGCUUUGCCUGUUGUCUCGGACUGGGAUGCGUCUGGCGAGCUACUAUUCGACUGCGAGGACAUGGAAUUUGAACCUCAGACCUAUUUAUCAUUGACCGAGUUGCUAACUGCCGAUGAUAGCAACGGUCAGUAUGAGGUAAAUGGGGAUAAGGAUGUUCCAGUAAUCAGCACUCAAGGAGAAGCAACAGAAGAAGAUUAUGAAGAGAUGGGGCCAUGUCAGAGAUGUUCGCUAAUACAUUCUCACUGUUCUCCUUGGGAGGAACCAUUGUCCUUCCUCGGAAGUAGCUGGAGCUGUGGUCAGUGCCGUGAGUGGCAGUAG